AGGGAGGGAAAGAGGGAAGGAGGGAGGGAGUCUCCACCGCGGCGGCGCGCCCCCGUCCUCCUGUCCGUCCGCCGGUCCCGCCGUGCACGAGCCGGGCGCUCCCGCGGCGCCUCCGCCGCCAUCUUCCCUCCUCCCUGCCUGUCUGUCUGUCGGUCGGGAGGCCCUUUGUCUGUCCGCCGCCCCCCCCCCGAGCCCCCCGCGCCGGGGAAGGGUAGGGCAGGACCCGGGGGGGAGUGGAGGCGCCUUUGGAGCAGCCGCUGCAACAACAACCGCAGCAGGAGCAACAGGCCGGGCAGGCAGGGGCGACGUCUCCCGGCCCCCCCCCAGACACAUAGACAGCCCGGGGUCUCCCCCCCCUCCCUCCCUCCCCACCUCCGAUCGCACCUCCAGCGGCGACGACGGCGGCCUUCUUGUCUCCGCAGGGGCGCCCCCUCCGGGGGGGAAGCCAUGUCCCGUCGGAAACAGACCCCCCCCAAUAAAGUUCACUGUCAUGCUGGAAAGGAUCCCCCCCACCCCAUUGCUUUGCAGGAAAGAAGGGUUUGGGGGCAAGCUGUUUUGGGGAAUGGCGCCCCAGGCAUUAGCCCCAUUCUGGGCCACCUUCAGGGGAGCAAGUCUUUGCCGGGAUUGAAGAGCACACGCGGCAGGCCAUGAUGAAGAGGGAUUUCCGGGGGCUGCUUGGAGCCCAGAGUCCGUCGGCGCACCAGGAGCAGCAGGAGGAGGAGGAGGACUCCAGCAGCAGUGACAGCGAGGGCGACGAGGAGACCACCCAGGAGGAGGUCUCCUCUCCUGCCUCCGAGGAGGAUGGCGCUCCAGCCACCGUGAAGAAGGAAGAGGAGGCUACGGAGCUGCUGGGCCAGAGCAAGCAGGUGGGCUUUGCCACCGGCCAGGAUGCCCUGCUGGGCCUCUCUCGGUGUCCCCUCUGCCAGCUGGAAUGUGGGAGCCGGGAGCAGCUUGUCACUCACGUCUAUCAGCACACGACGGCUGCCGUCAGCGCCAAGAGCUACCUGUGUCCCGUCUGCGGCCGAGCGCUCAGCUCUCCGGGCUCGCUGGGCAGGCACCUCCUCAUCCACUCCGAGGACCAGCUGUCCAACUGCGCCGUGUGCGGGGCACGCUUUACCAGCCACGCCACUUUCAACAGUGAGAAAGUGCCGGAGGUCCUCUGCGGAGACGCCCUGCCCAUUCCUCUCCCCGAAGGCCCUUCGGGUGCACAAGAGAAGGCGGCCCCUGACGCUCUCGCCCCCGCGGUGUAUCCUGCCGGCAUUCUCCUGGUGUGCAACAGUUGCGUGGCUUACCGAAAACUCCUGGAAGCCCAAGCCCCCGGGGUGCGCAAGUGGGCCUUGCGCAGGCAGAACGAGCCGCUGGAGGCGAGGCUUCAGCGCCUGGAGCGCGAGCGGACGGCCAAGAAGAGCCGCCGGGACAACGAGACCCCCGAGGAGCGGGAGGUGAGGCGCAUGCGGGACCGCGAAGCCAAGCGGCUCCAGCGCAUGCAGGAGACGGACGAGCAGCGGGCGCGCCGCCUGCAGCGGGACCGCGAAGCCAUGCGCCUCAAGCGCGCCAACGAGACCCCCGAGAAGCGGCAGGCCCGUCUCAUCCGGGAACGCGAGGCCAAGAGGCUGAAACGGCGGUUGGAGAAAAUGGACAUGAUGCUGCGGGCUCAGUUCGGCCAGGACCCCUCAGCCAUGGCCGCCCUGGCGGCCGAGAUGAACUUCUUCCCACUGCCAGUGGGCGGGAUGGAGCUGGACGGCCAGAUCCUGGGCAAAAUGGCCUUUGAGGAGCCCAGCCCAAGUGCCCUGCACUGAUGCUCCAGAACCAGUGCAUCUGUGGCUUUUUGCUGGGGUGUGGCUGCCGUGGCAUGGGGGAAGCGUGGAACUGUGUCUGGCGAG